AUGUCUCGACCUCUCCUUUUCCAAAAACGUGGCAGACGGACACUUGUCGUUGCUUCGCGUUACAACAGCACUAGUUCCACAAAGACUUUUAGCAAAAAAAAUUCGUCGUCAAAAGAAAACAUUUCUCCUGAACCAUUCAAAGCUAAACCUUCCAAUAGUUUGUCUUCAUCUCUUACGCAUAAAUUCGCUAACUUGAAAUUAGACAUGCAUUCAGAUUCGGAUUGUGAAGUGAUUGAAAUUAAUCAAAAAGUGACACGUGAUUCGAAGAUUGCAAAUAAUAAAUUUAGAAGACCAUCACCUAAACCAGAGCUUCCAAAUGAAAAAGCAUGCAAUCCUCAGAGAUCGUUCCGAAGACCCUCACCUAAAACUAAUAGAUUUUCAGAGUUUGAUCUUGAACCAACAAAGGGAAGAUAUAUAAAUUUGCCGAAACUUGAUCUAUCCGUUGAAGGUACACCUGAACUGAAUGAUAUGCGUAGAAAUAGAGAGAAAUGUACGAAUGAAUCUAGAGCACUUUCAUCAACAAGGGGAAGAUAUAUAAAUCUACCAAAACUUGAGUUAUUAUCCGAUAGAGGUACACCUGAACUGAAUGAUAUACAUAGAAAUAAAAAGAAGUGUACGAAUGGAUUUAGGGCACCUUCACCAACAAAGGGAAGAUAUAUAAACCUACCAAAACUUGAGUUAUUAUCCGAUGGAAGUACACCUGAACUGAAUGAUAUGCGUAGAAAUAAAAAGAAGUGUACGAAUGGGUUUAGGGCACCCUCACCAACAAAGGGAAGAUAUAUAAACCUACCAAAACUUGAUUUAUUAUCCGAUGAAGGUACACCUGAACCAAAUGAUAUGCGCAGAAAUAGAGAAGAUUCCGCAGACCUAAAAAAGAAAUGCCCUUACUGUAAUGAGACACUUCCAGAUCCACUUCCACCUCGUAUACGAGCAUAUCUGGAAUCGCCUAGUAAAACGCGUUUAUUGUCUUUGAAUACUGGUCAUUCAUCAAACAUUGUAGAUCAAUUCGAAUUCUGUCGCCUUCACGACGCAGAAUCACACAUCGUGCCAGACGGUCUUCAAAAAAAUUACCCGUUAGUUAUUGACUUUAACACUUUACCAAAUCGGAUUAAAGUUUUGUUUCCAGAACUGUUAGAGGUUGCGACCGGAAAAAUCAAAAGUUUGUUCAGGGACCUUGCAAUGGACGCAUACAAUGAAUUGGGAAAAGCUAGAGCAAGAAAACCGACUGUAGUGAUGGGGAGAUUUCAAAAAUUUUUACCGGGUUAUUAUGGUUCUAAAGGAUCAUCCGUUAUCUUUUCCACGCUCGUUUCCCUUUUUAUUGAAUCAAAGCGAUUAACAUUGGACAUGACUAAACCUCAAGAGCCUUUGGAAUAUCUUAAUCAAGUACUUGUUCCUGAAACAGCAAUAAGACUGAUCGCUCAGGAUCGGGGAGGUAUUUCACUAAAGGCGGCAAGGAAAAUAAUGGAAGAUAGUAUAGAAUUUGGAAUGUAUGUUCACGAUGUGGAAGAAGAAGAGGAUGAUGAAUGA